CAGUCUCUCUAAUCUGCAGGUAAAAUGGCGUCGGGUGCCAUUUCAACGGAUUCCAAAAAAAUAUCAGAAUUGAGGGUUGUUGACCUUAAAUCUGAGCUCAAAAGGAGGAACUUGGACACUUCUGGUGUGAAAAGUGUUCUUCUCACAAGGCUUAGACAGGCUAUUGAAGAUGAAGGUGGUGACCCAGAGUACAUUCAGACCACCCUGUUAACUGAUUCAUCCACAAGGAUAAGUGGGAAAUACAAAGGGAAGAAAUCAGAUUCUGAUUUGGAAAACACAGCGGACGAAAACACUUUUUCCAAGGAAGUUGAAGAGUAUGAAUCAGAAAAGGAUGUAACUGAUACCGAUGAUGGUAGUCGCGAAAAUUCUAAGCCGCCACCCUGUGAGGACAGCCUUGCUCACUCUGAGGCAGAACCAGAGUCUGAAACCAUGGCGGCUGAGGCAGACUCAGAGCCUGAUCCAGAAGUAGACGCAGAGGCGGACGAGGAUGCAGAGCCAGACCCAGAGGCUGAGACUGAAGAGGCUGAGCGGGAUGCUGAAACCAUGAGCUCCUCUAGAGAAGCAGAGGACGAUCACCUGUCUGUCUCAAUCCAAAACGAAGAUGCCCUCACCCUUGAUGUUGAUGGUGACGACCUGCUGGAAACAGGUAAACAUGUGAAACUUCCAGAUUCAGAGGCAGAGAAGGGCACCGAAACCUUUGCCGAGAUGGCCCCAGAUGAUGACAUGAAGGAAGAAGACAUGGAGGCACAUAAAGAUGGUAAGAAAGACGAUGGAGCCAGAGGUGGUGAGCCCCUCAAGAAAGACGCCAUGACGAAGGGUGAAACCGAAGAUAAAGAAAAGGAUUCUGGGAAGAAAGGCCCGUCCACUACUGGGGCCUCUGGUCAAGCAAAGAGCUCUUCAAGAGACAGAGAUGGAAAAUCUGCAAAGGAUGAAAAGGCAGCUGGCAGCAGCUCUUCUCGUAACAUAUGGGUGAGCGGUCUUUCUUCAAACACCAAAGCAGCUGAUCUGAAGAACCUGUUUGGCAAAUAUGGGAAGGUCCUAAGUGCUAAGGUGGUUACAAACGCUCGCAGUCCUGGUUCAAAGUGUUACGGCUUAGUGACGAUGUCCUCCAGCACCGAGGUGACGCGCUGCAUCUCCCACCUUGACUGCACAGAGCUCCAUGGACAGCAGAUAUACGUUGAAAGGGCCAAAAAUGAUCCUUUCAAGAAGGAGCCCUCAAAGAAAGAAGUGGAGGACAAAGCAGGGUCCAGCAAAUCUAAUAAGCACAGUUUCACUGGGACUAAACAGACAAACAAAGCACAGCCAACUCACAAAAAAGAGGAAAAGAAAUCUGAUAAGCUAUCAGAAAAAGACAAGGAUUCAUCCAAGAAACAGGAGACAAAAAGCGGGAAAUCUGAGCCAGCUUCAUCAAGCUCCGAACAAGAGUCUUCAAAGAAAGACGACAGAAAGCGUGGCCAAACAAAGAGCCCAGGGAAGACGACGGGAGGAGAUGAUUCUAAAGGAGACGGGAAAAGACCUUUUAGAACAGGAAGAUAUUUUAAUAAACCCUUUGUGAAUCCCAUUGUUGAAAGGCGUCCAAAGUGGUUGAUUUCGCCUGAAGAGGUACAAAUGCUAAGAGAGAAGCGGCAGUCCUUUAUCAACAAAGUAGAGGACGUAGACAUCCUUCCUUUUGACAAGUUUAAGGAGCAGAAGGAGCAGAGGCUUCGUGAACAAAUGGAGCGCUUCCACCGAGCUGCUGAGCUGCGCAGGCGGCGGGAAAUUGCAGAACAAGAACGACGGGAGCGUGAGAGAAUCCGUCUGAUGCGUGAGCGAGAAGAACGGGAGAUCUUGCUUCGGGAGCGCCAGAGACUGGAAAUGGAGAGGCAAAAACUGGAAAGGGAGCGCUUGGAGAGAGAGAGACUUGAGAGGGAGAGGAUUCGCAUUGAGCAGGAGCGCCGCAAAGAAGCUGAACGUAUGGCACGUGAACGAGAGGAGCUUCGGCGGCAGCAGGAGCAGCUUCGUUUUGAGCAAGAGAAGAGAAAUAAUCUGAAAAGGGGUCGUGAGGUGGAACACGGCCGGCGUGAUGAUUCCUACUGGAAUGGCAGCAAGAAGAUGCACACCGAGUCGGAGGUCCGUUUAAACCAGGGCUCCAAUUACAACCGUCAGCAGAAUCGCUUCCCCAACAUAAAUACUCGGGAGAGGGGCCGUUUUCCAGACGCUGGCCAGCAGCCUAACACGUUUGACAGGCGUAACAGAUUUGAUGGUGAACCAGAGGCAAAGAAGAGUCGCCCGGCUCCUCACAGAGAGGCCUCGGGCUUCGACAGAUAUCCCAAGAACUUCGAAACCGUCCGCAGACCUGAGCCACCUCCACGUGGGGACACUGACCGCAGGGACAGAGAUGAGAGGCGCCCUCCACCCAUGCAUGAUCGCCCUGUGGGAGCAAGACCUCCAAUCCCCGCCAUGUCGCACAACCGCCCACCAAGGGAUGGGGGGCCAGGAUGGAAGAAUGUUGGAGGAAUUAAUUCCAGCAAGGGGGAUAUGAGAGGGCCAGUGCGAAUGCGUGAAGAUCGUCCAGGCCGGGAUGCUGGUCGGAGCGGCUUUAAUAAUCGAGGUCAACCCUUGGGGAUGAAUGAUCAGCCGUUCAGCUCUGGCCGCCAGGUUGUGGUGGAGCGUCACAGCAGGGAGCCAGGACUGAGGAAGGACUGGCAUGGUGGCUCAGGCUCUCAAGGAGGGGUCUUUUCUGACAGUCGCGGAGGCAUGAUGGCUGCCUCCAGCCACUCUUCAUCAGGACUGAGCCGGAUUGUACAGAUCACUAGCAACUCUGUUUCCAGCAGCGGCACCGUGGGAGGAUUCAAGGCAUUCAAAGGAGCGUCGCGGCCAUUCUAACAAUGACUGAGUUCAGCCACUUUAAAGCGUUUAAAUAUUUGAAGAUUUUUGCUGAACAUUUUAUUUUUAAAACAACUGUUUUGGGGAGCGCUUUAGCAACGAUGGGGUUGAUACCUCUGUUUUAAUCUCUAGACGGUGUUACCUCAGUUUGGGAUUUUCCUGACUGUUCUGCUGUUGCCACAAAACACCCCUGUUCACACAUUUUAAUAUUCCUGAAGUGGCUGUGCAGCCCUGCGUCUUUGUAACACAUUUUCCAGUGGUGAUGUAGGACUUCUCCUAUUAAAUGUUAGUAUAUUUUUUAUUAGCGUAGUAUUACACUCACUUUUCCUGUGUAAUGUUUUAUUUUAGUAUAUUGUGGAAGUCAAAAUAACAAGGAUCUCUGGAGUUUUUUUUUAAUUUAUAUAUAAUUUUUAUUUUGUUUGAAAGUCAUGCUUGAUGAAGGUGUGAUAUUUUGUAAGGCCUAGCUGGUCUGCUUAAACUGAAAUGUUAAGCUGUGUAAAAUGUUCUCUUAAGGCUCCACGUUAGAUAGCAAUUACUUGUCGACACCAACUGAAUUAUGUACAUGUCUUGCUAAAGUGAUUAGAGCAAAUUUGUUCCGUUUGUAAUUCAACUCUGAACAUUUCACAGAUAUGAUUUUGAGUAUCAGUUUUCAGCUUGGCGGUGUUUUUACCUUUGUUAGGAGUCAUUGUUGCAGCACCCCUCUCUGGUUAUUGAACUUUGUUAACACUAAAGUUCCUCUGUUGAAGAUUUGAAUCUGGAAAGUUUGGUACAAUAUGUAAAAGCUGGAAGCCACCAGGGCACCAUGUCAGCUUUGACUAAACCACCCUCUGGAGGUUUUCUGUUCUCAUUUCAGUGCUUCUAUGUAAUUUCAGACAUGGUUAAGCUUUAUCCUUGCAGCUGCACCUGUUGGCAUCCUGGAUCCUAUCUUUACACUCAUUCAAUGUAUCCUUAACCACACACCGGAUGUUAUUGGUUAUUCAACCUUGAUUAAAAUACAAAACUAAUAAGUGAA